UUUUCCACCCUAUUCUACCGACCCUCGCCCACCCCGUAUCUGAACUAAGCCAAGAUUCUGUCACAGAGAAACGCGCAAACUCGCACACAAAAAGCCUUGUCAUAGGACCUCCCAGAAGACAAAAAAUGGUACAAAAAAAGUAAUAGACGUUGCUUGCACGUUCUCUCUAAAAGUUCAACGGAAAUUGUUUAGAUACAAAAAGGUGGGGUUCUUCUUAUUCUUAUUCUGUUUCUGUUUCAAAUUUUAUUGUUCCUCAUUCAAUUCGUCUGUUUGCUAACGUAUUUCGUUCACUUGGUUGUUAAACAUAGUAUAAAUAAAGGAGAGGAGGGCCAGAAAAGGGAAAAGCUGGUGAUUGGGAAUACGUGAAAAAAAAAAGAAAAAAAAAAAAGAGAUUAAGAGGGCUUUGAAAGUUUCUGGCUUUCUACACUUUUAUGGCUAAAGAAAAUAUUGAUUUGGUUGUAACUCCAGAAACAAAUGGAUUCAACAGAGAGUAUGCAGGAAAGGGUUCUUUCAGAAAUACAGGUUCCUUAAAUAAUGGACACAGUACUAAUUCUGAUCGCCGCAGAGCAUCCAUGGGCUCAUAUCGUGCUGGAGAUAAUUCAACAAGGAAGUCUACUGGAAACCCGGAUUCUUCAAAUAAUAGUCAACGUGCAGUUCCUCAUUAUCUGAGAGCUUCAACUGGUUCUUGCCAUGAUUUCUGCAAAUAUGGCAGAAAACAUGCAUUUGAAGAGAAGGCAAGGCACCCUCUUUUGAAGAGAAUGACAAAACUUGUGUCAAACAAGCAGAAUCCUAUGGACGCAGCAGUUCCAGCUGAGAUAAAGAAGGAAAUGGUUAUCAAGCGCAAGCCCUCCCCUGAAUGCAAAAUUCAUUCUGCUGGUGUGAAAUCCUAUUCACCUGAGAGCAAGCCAUUCUUGGAGGCCAAAAUUCAUUCCCCAAAUAAGAAGACUUCCUCUGGUAUUAAAACAAGCAUACGAAAACUCAAACCUUCUCCUACUACCAAAGCCUCCUCACUAGAUCCGCCUGAAAUUAUCAAGAGGGAAAUUUCGUUGCCUCCUAAAAACGAGGAAGUUGGCCUGAAACGAGAUACCUCAACUGACAAUAAGAUGCCAAGAGAUGAGAAGAGAACAAAUAAUUUGUCCAAGAAACAUUCUCCUUCUGCGCAGUUGAAACCUGUGAAGGUGAAACUAUCAUCCUCCCCAUCUGACACUUUGGUUGGUAUAAAUGGGAAAGGCAGAAAAAGCAGUGAUGUGAAAAUUGGCAGAAAGAUGGCGGCACCUAAACUAUCCGAGGAAAAAAAAGGGGCACCUCCCACUGCCCCUUUGUCCCCCAAAAUCUUCCUCUCUAGAACAAUAUCCUUGAAAGCAAGAAGAGCCAGAAGCGUAAAACCUGUGUCUAUGCUGAAAGAUCAAAAUGGGAUGCGCAAAACUGAGACUAAGAUAUCAAAUGAUGAGAAGGUCCCUGAGAAAACACUGCAUGUCAUCAAGACAGAAAUUGGGAACAAUUUAUCUGAAUUCAUUCCAAAUGACCCCGUUAUUCCAUCACUUCCAUCCCCCUUGCCUCCCGAGUCGUUGUCCAAUGAAAAGCCAUCAUCUCUGUCGUCUCAGGAGGAGGAGGAGGAGGAGGAGGAGGAAGAUGAAGAGACAGAGUACACUGAUAGUGAAGCAGAUGAUUUUGUCUCUGACUAUGAUACAACUGAAGAGAUAGGGGGGAUUGAAACAGUGGAAGAUAAUCACAAGAAGAAUCGUAGAAAGAGUACAGUUGUUUCUGAAGAUAAAGAUGGUGCUCCGUCGAAGUUAAAGUUCAGGAGGGGAAAGAUAGUUGACCUUCAAUCUGAUAUCAGCAGUCCUAGAAGGCUCAGAUUUAGGAGGGGAAGAGUAUUGGGAGAAGACCAAAAUGGCAAGGGUGAUUUGAAAAGGAAGAUCUUUAAAAAGCGGGGAUCCAAUGAUGACAAAAAUGGUACAGACCCUUCUUCAAAAAAAGUUGCUUUAAAGCAUCAAGACGUGCAGGGGAAGAAAGAUGCCCAAGGUUUGUUCAAUAAUGUCAUUGAAGAAACGGCAAGCAAGCUUGUUGAAAGCAGGAAAAGUAAGGUUAAGGCCUUAGUUGGGGCUUUCGAAACAGUGAUCUCUCUCCAAGAAAGUUAACCCUCUUCGCAGACUGUCACUUAAGUCAAAAAAAUAAAUAUUUCUUGGUGUUAAGCUUCUAAUAUUGCAAAUAUACUAGUUGAUUUCAUCACAGCAGGUUAUAAAUAGAUUUCCCAGCGAUCAGGUUGGACUGCGGCUUGUCUACUAAUGGUCUCUACAUGGUUUCAUACCCAUUGCUUCAAGGGUAUGUUCAUUUUUCUCCUUUCUUGAUUUUUAGACUAAAGGGUGAGGAAGAAACGUUUGUCUUGAGCUGUCUCAUUUAACUGCCUAUGUCCCAAUGACUUAAUACUCGAUUUUGUUGGUUUCUUUGUCGAUGUAUUGUCCUUUUUAUCGGUAUAAACUGAGGACUGAAUAUGCACGAUUGCUCGAAUGAGUGAUAUCCCUGAUGGAUACUGUAUUCGUACAUAGAAUUCAUUGACUACUGUUUGGGAUUCUUGGUUUAUUUUCGCUUCAAUAAUUUCCCCUUUUUAA